CUUUUUAAGUCGUCUCUUUCUCUCUCUAAUUACCCAAAGAAAAACCAGCGCUUUUUUCUACUUCUAGACCUUUCUUCCUCCGCUGACUCCGGUCGAUUAUGGCGUCCGAUCUCGAAAAACAGGCUAAAGAGGCCUUCAUUGAUGAUCACUUCCAGCUUGCCGCCGACCUCCUCUCCCAAGCCAUCGAUAUUUGCCCUAGCAACGCUGACCUUUAUCUCGACCGUGCCCAGGCUAACAUCAAACUCGCCAAUUUCACUGAAGCUGUUGCAGAUGCAAACAGGGCGAUCGAGUUGGAACCAUCAAAUGCGAAAGCCUACCUGCGAAAAGGAAACGCUUGCAUCAAGCUUGAAGAAUUUCAGACUGCGAAGGCAGCCUUGGAAAAAGGUGCUUCUUUGGCGCCAGGAGAUGCUAGGUUUACUAAUUUGAUUAAAGAAUGCGAUCAGCGUAUAGCAGAGGAAACUAGUGAUCUACAACAGAAAUCAUUGGAGACAACCAGUAGCACAAGUGUGUCUACAGAAGAUGUUCAGCUUGUUGUGGACAACCCUCCCAACGAGGUGACAGUAGCACCUGCCAAACCAAAAUACAGGCAUGAACACUACCAAAAGCCAGAAGAAGUGGUCGUGACGAUAUUCGCUAAGGGUGUACCUGCUAAAAAUGUUUCUGUCGAUUUUGGUGAACAAAUAAUAAGUGUUAGCAUUGAUGUUCCUGGGGAGGAUGCUUAUCAUUUUCAGCCUCGCUUGUUUGGGAAGAUUAUACCUGAGAAGUGCAGAUAUGAUGUUUUGUCAACCAAAGUUGAGAUUCGCCUUGCAAAGGCUGAAGCAAUACAGUGGGCAUCUCUUGAAUUCAACAAGGAUAUUUCUGUUCAUCAAAGGGUGAAACCUUCAUCCUCAGUUGCUAUAACUGAAAGGCCAACUUACCCAUCAUCAAAAUCUAAGGUAGAUUGGGACAAGAUAGAAGCUGAUGUGAAGAAACAGGAGAAGGAUGAGAAGCUGGAUGGUGAUGCAGCUUUGAACAAAUUUUUCAGGGAAAUAUAUCAAGAUGCCGAUGAGGACACAAGAAGAGCCAUGAGCAAAUCUUUUGUGGAGUCUCACGGAACAGUGCUGUCUACAAAUUGGAAGGAAGUUGGUUCGAAGAAGGUGGAGGGAAGUCCUCCUGAUGGUAUGGAGUUGAAGAAAUGGGAGUACUAAGUGAUGGAUGUUCUAUUUGGUGGAUAUGAUUGUUUAUUUUGCAAGCAUGUCGAUUUUGUUUUGAGGACAUUGCUUAUUGAUAUAAUUUAUUAUUUCCGACUGGUUGGUUGGUUCUUGCUUGUGUCUUUGUUCAUGUUUUUCAUCUCAUUUUUAACCUUGUCCCUGUAUGAUCCACGUUCUCAGUGUACUAUCUCUCAAAACUGUAAAAGUGAACUUCUGACACGUUCUUAGUUCUGUACUUAUUUUUGUUCAUUUUGUUCUUAUGUGAGAAUAAUGUUUAGUGCA